AGGAACUCACAGUGUGUCUAGACAGAUAGAUGUUUCCUGUUACAAAGAAUAUAGCAAAAACACAGUCUUCUCCUUCCAAAGCAACCCAGCGUUCAAUGCAGUCUCUACAGAAAACUGCUGUAGUAUUACCAACACAGCAGAUCAAGAAAUCAGGUCAGACUAAACCACCUGCACAUACUUCAGUCCCCAAGAAGGGGAGUUCUGUUAAAAAUAUCACACCAAGGAAAAAAGGCCCAAACUCAGGAAGAAAGGAAAAAUGUAUUCCUGUUGUAUGUUCCACAUCUUCAACUUCUGUCAGUAUGCUGGCCAGAGGACGUGGUGGUGUUUUAUAUGAAAAGGAUGCUAUUCCUGGGUCAUCUAAAAUAGUGAUGUCUACAGUCUGUGUCUAUGUAAACAAAUAUGGGAGCUCUGGCCCUCACCUGGAUCAGAAGAAAAUCCAGCAGCUGCCCAACCGCUUUGGCCCAGGCCCUGUCAAUGUGGUGCUCCGGCGGACGGUGCAGGCCUGUGUGGAUUGUGCCAUUCAAAGUAAGACUGUUUUUGGAUUCCUUAAGCCAGAUGAUCGUGGAGGAGAAGUGAUAACCGCCUCCUUUGAUGGGGAAACUCAUUCCGUCCGUCUCCCUCCAGUGAACAGUGCAACAUUUACUCUUCGCUUUCUUGAGAACUUGUGCCACAGCCUGCAGUGUGAUAACCUUUUGAGUAGCCAGCCUUUUAGCUCUUACAGAGGUAAUAGACAUAGCCCUGCAGAGCAUGAUCAAAAUAAAUCAGUAAAAGAAGAUACAACAGAAAAGAAAAGCACCAAACGACCUUCUCAGGAACCUCUGCCUUAUGUUGCUUCUCUCUCUCCUAAGUCCCCCAAAACAAAAGUGCAUGCCUCUGAAGAAGAAGUAUUAUCUUCUGAGGGAGAUGGCAUGCCCAAAGGGGAAAUGCUUUCUGAAGAGUCCAAAAACUCACCACUAAAUCCAGCAAGUCCUUUGAAUCCUGCCAGCACAAGUCCUAUAAGCACUCAUACUCCAGUCUCCAGGAGUGUUUCUCAAAGUGUGCCAUGCACCUCGAGUUCAACACUGGUGGGGACCAAAUCACCUCCCAAGAGUAGUCACCAUGAAGUUACAUUCCAGAUGCAGAGGAAAAGUGAAGCUCCGAGUUAUAUAGCUGUACCUGACCCCAGUGUCCUGAAACAAGGCUUCUCUAAGGACCCUUCAACCUGGUCUGUGGAUGAAGUGAUGCAGUUUAUGAAACAUAAAGAUCCUCAGAUAUCAGGCCCCGUCGCCGACCUCUUCAUGAAACAUGAGAUCGAUGGGAAGGCUCUGCUACUACUCAAAAGUGAUGUGAUGAUGAAGUAUAUGGGGCUGAAGUUGGGGCCAGCCUUAAAGUUAUGUUACUAUAUUGAAAAACUUAAAGAAGGAAAAUACAAUUGAAAAAAAAUGUGUAAGUUUAGAUUAGACAUAAUUUUCAAUUGUCUUGAUAACUUUUUAAUUUAAAAGUAUUUUUAUUCUCGUAGCAGUUUUUGUUUUGUAGACAGUUCCUCUAAAACUACGUUAUAUCCAGAAUUGCAGAACUACAUUACAAGUCCAGUCUACUUCUUUAAAACACAUUAACAUGUUAGUAUUAGCAUAUUCAACUUGGCAGUCCUUUAUGUCUUUUUAUUAUUUUACACUUGACAGUUUAUUAUUUAAUUGUACAGCUUACACAUAUACUUAAUGCAGGAAACAGAGAAACACCGUUGAUUUUGAUUAAUGUUUAUA